GUGUUGUAGUACAGCUUGAAUUAAAGCUUUCGAGAAAUUGUGUGCGACACCAACUUUUUCCAAAAGCAAGUAGCCAAAGCAUAAAAGGUGAAACUGAUAGCUUUAAAUUUUCAGGAAUGAAGAAAAAGAAAAAGCUAAUUCGAAUCUCAAAUAAAGAAAGACAAAUUCUAUGUGACCAUUGCAAAGAACUCGACUUUUUUUAGUAAAAGCAAUUAACAAAGUUGGAGUCUUUGUUCACUUCACUGUCUCUCAUCACACGCUUUCCUUCUUUAUCUCGUGACCACUUUCAAAGCCGAAAAGAACUUGGUAUUUUUGCAUUGAAUUAUAGAGAUUUAAGAGCCAUCGAUGUGUGUGUGAUCUUCAAUGGGUUUAUGCUUAGCUCAAUUGGCUGUAACAUGUUUGUUCCUAGUACCUUUUGUUCUGUCUCAAGUUACAGAGUUUGUAAGUAUAGAUUGUGGUUGCUCAAGUAACUACACAGACCCAAGAACUGGACUAGGAUGGGUUUCAGAUUCAGAGAUCAUCAAACAGGGCAAGCCAGUAACUUUGGCCAAUACCAAUUGGAACUCGAUGCAAUACCGUAGGAGAAGAGAUUUCCCAACUGACAAUAAGAAGUAUUGUUACAGACUCAGUACCAAAGAGAGAAGGCGAUACAUUGUCAGAACUACAUUUCUUUAUGGUGGUUUGGGUAGUGAGGAAGCCUACCCAAAGUUUCAACUUUACUUGGAUGCAACGAAAUGGGCUACUGUGACGAUUCAGGAGGUCUCUAGGGUUUAUGUUGAGGAGUUGAUCGUAAGGGCAACUUCAAGUUAUGUGGAUGUUUGUGUAUGCUGUGCUAUCACCGGUUCUCCUUUCAUGUCCACUCUUGAGCUUCGCCCGUUGAACCUUUCGAUGUAUGCCACUGACUACGAGGAUAAUUUCUUCUUGAAGGUUGCUGCCAGAGUGAAUUUUGGUGCUCCGAACAUGGAUGCCUUGAGGUACCCAGAUGAUCCAUAUGACAGAAUCUGGGAGUCAGAUAUUAACAAACGGCCAAACUAUCUUGUUGGUGUGGCUCCUGGAACGACAAGAAUCAAUACGUCAAAGACUAUAAAUACGUUGACUAGAGAGUAUCCGCCUAUGAAAGUCAUGCAAACAGCAGUAGUUGGCACACAAGGACUGAUCAGCUAUAGAUUGAACCUGGAAGACUUCCCUGCCAAUGCUCGUGCGUAUGCUUAUUUUGCUGAAAUUGAAGAACUUGGUGCUAACGAGACCCGGAAAUUUAAGUUGGUGCAGCCAUACUUUCCUGACUAUAGUAAUGCAGUGGUGAACAUUGCCGAGAAUGCCAAUGGGAGCUAUACUCUCUAUGAACCUAGCUAUAUGAAUGUGACUUUGGAUUUUGUUUUGACGUUCUCAUUUGGGAAGACUAAGGAUUCUACGCAAGGGCCACUCCUAAAUGCAAUUGAAAUUAGCAAGUAUCUACCAAUAUCCGUGAAAACUGAUAGGAGUGACGUGUCUGUUCUUGAUGCAAUUCGUUCGAUGUCCCCUGAUAGCGAUUGGGCCAGUGAAGGAGGAGACCCUUGUAUCCCAGUUCUUUGGUCGUGGGUAAACUGUAGCUCAACUUCACCACCAAGAGUCACGAAAAUUGCUCUAUCAAGGAAAAAUCUGAGGGGUGAGAUUCCGCCUGGGAUCAAUUAUAUGGAGGCAUUGACAGAGUUGUGGCUUGACGAUAAUGAAUUGACCGGAACUCUUCCAGACAUGAGCAAACUUGUCAACCUGAAAAUCAUGCAUCUAGAAAACAACCAACUUAGUGGUUCACUCCCACCAUACCUUGCUCAUCUGCCUAACCUACAAGAACUGUCUAUAGAAAAUAACUCCUUUAAAGGAAAAAUUCCUUCAGCGCUAUUAAAGGGGAAAGUUUUGUUCAAAUAUAAUAAUAAUCCUGAGCUUCAGAACGAGGCACAGCGAAAGCACUUUUGGCAGAUACUGGGGAUAUCAAUAGCCGCUGUCGCAAUUCUGUUGCUACUAGUUGGAGGAAGUCUUGUUUUACUUUGUGCCCUUCGUAAGACCAAAAGAGCUGAUAAAGGUGAUUCCACAGAGACUAAGAAAAAAGGUUUAGUAGCUUACUCAGCAGUGCGGGGCGGACACUUAUUAGAUGAAGGUGUAGCAUAUUUCAUAUCACUUCCUGUGCUCGAAGAGGCAACCGAUAAUUUUUCCAAGAAAGUUGGAAGAGGAAGUUUUGGGUCUGUCUACUAUGGUAGGAUGAAAGAUGGGAAAGAAGUUGCAGUUAAGAUAACUGCAGAUCCUUCUAGCCACUUGAACAGACAAUUUGUGACUGAGGUUGCUCUAUUAUCGAGAAUUCACCACAGGAACUUGGUUCCUUUGAUUGGAUAUUGUGAAGAAGCAGAUCGGCGUAUUUUGGUUUACGAAUAUAUGCAUAAUGGAAGCUUGGGAGAUCACUUGCAUGGUUCAAGCGACUACAAGCCACUAGACUGGCUAACUCGGCUACAAAUUGCACAAGAUGCUGCCAAAGGUCUUGAAUACUUGCAUACUGGCUGCAAUCCUAGUAUUAUUCAUAGGGAUGUGAAAUCAAGUAAUAUUCUCCUGGACAUUAACAUGAGAGCCAAAGUAUCUGACUUUGGACUCUCGAGACAGACAGAGGAAGACUUAACUCAUGUAUCCAGUGUCGCAAAAGGAACUGUUGGAUACCUUGAUCCAGAGUAUUAUGCUAGUCAGCAGCUGACUGAGAAGAGCGAUGUCUACAGUUUUGGCGUUGUUCUUUUUGAAUUACUCUCUGGAAAGAAGCCAGUCUCAGCAGAAGAUUUUGGUCCUGAACUGAAUAUAGUUCACUGGGCAAGAUCGCUGAUCCGUAAAGGAGACGUGUGCGGGAUCAUAGAUCCAUGUAUAGCAAGCAACGUGAAGAUCGAGUCAGUCUGGAGAGUUGCAGAGGUCGCAAACCAAUGUGUUGAGCAGCGUGGACAUAACAGGCCAAGGAUGCAGGAAGUAAUAGUGGCAAUACAAGACGCGAUCAGGAUCGAGAGAGGAAACGAAAAUGGACUGAAGUCAUCGAGUUCAAGCAGCUCAAAGGCACAAUCAUCUCGUAAAACCUUGCUUACUAGCUUCCUCGAGCUAGAGAGCCCUGACAUCUCAAGAAACAGCCUAGCUCCAGCUGCUAGGUGAGUCCUCUUAAAGCUCGAGCUCUCAUGUUUACCCUUUGGACUUACCAUCGUCACAUAGAUGAAUACAUUAUAUACGUAUUAAAAUGUGUGUAUGUGAUGUAGUGUCAAAUUUAAUCUGUAUCUCUUUACACACUUCUGACAUGACAUUGUGUAGAUGUUUUAGUUGAUGAUAGCACAAAACCAUAAUUUAAUUAUUGAAGGUAACAACAUAAUAUGCUAUCUAUCUCCUAUGCUGAUGAAGACGACAAAUUUCCAAAAACAAUUCUUGCAUGUCUUGUGUCAGGGAGUAGCCAAUUGUCAAAAGACUCGAAACAAAAUGAUACAAAUGCACCACUCAUAAUUUCACGAUCAACCAUUUGUCACAAAACCUCAAGAAAUCUAAAAUUGUGUCUAAAACAAUGUC